GAAGAGCUCGGUGAGAGGAAGAUGUCGGGACGAGGGAAGAGCAGCGGCGGUAAAGCCCGGGCUAAGGCCAAGACGAGGUCGUCGCGGGCCGGCUUGCAGUUCCCGGUCGGCCGGGUGCAUCGCCUGCUGCGCAAAGGCAACUACGCGGACCGGGUGGGGGCCGGCGCCCCGGUUUACCUGGCGGCCGUGCUCGAGUACCUGACCGCCGAGAUCCUCGAGCUGGCGGGAAACGCGGCCCGGGACAACAAGAAAUCUCGCAUCAUCCCCCGGCACCUGCAGCUCGCCAUCCGUAACGACGAGGAGCUCAACAAGCUGCUGGGGGGAGUCACCAUCGCCCAGGGAGGCGUCCUGCCCAACAUCCAGGCCGUGCUGCUGCCUAAGAAAUCUGGCUCGGGCCCGGCCAUUGGCGGCGGAGGAGGUGGAGGAGGCGGCAAGAGCGGUGGCAAGAAGAGCUCUCAGCAAUCGCAGGAGUUCUAGAUCCUUCUCUGUUGCCCCGUCCUCUUUUCACCACAAAAAAAAACUCUCCAACACACUCUCUCCCAUUCCCCGUAUUUGUGUUCUCUUCUUAAACCCCUCCCCACCACCAACCACAUCUCAAUUUCCCCAAUUCUCUCUGCCUGCCCUAUUUCUUCUCCCGACUCCUAAAUUUCCCCAACACUGCCAUUGACCCCCUCAAAUUCCGCCGCUAAUUUUCUCCCCGACUCCUCCCCUCUUCCUCCUCCCCCAAAUUCCCCUCAACUCUACUAUCCUCCCUCUUCCCCCACCCCCGACUUUAACUUUGAUUUCCUCCUUCCUCACCUGUUCCCUUCCCCACAUCCCACACCCUGCACUUGCCCUCAUUCACUUCACCCUGAUUCCCUUCCUUCUCUCUUGUACCCUGCUAUUUUUCAUCCUAUUUUGUGUACUCUUUUCUCCCUUAACUGCAAGAAAAUCACAAGAUGGACAUUGUGACAGACUUUAAAACCUUCCCCCAUCAAUGGCCCUUCUCAGGGCCACUCACACAUGAACGCAAGGGGUUCCUGGCAUUUGUAUGUUUUCUGUUUUAUUUUUGUGGUCAAGAUUGUCCUUUUUUAUUUGGAGAAAUUUUCAGUGAAUUUCUUGAUUCAUCUAAGUCUUUGUUUUGGGGGUUGGUGGAUAGUGCAUUUAUCAGUUACAUGGGUUGGAUUUAUUAUGGGAUUUAGUCAGUUUUCUUUUUCUCUAAGUUUGCCUUAAACUUUUUGCAAUGGGAGGGUUGUGUUUUUUUAAUGCUUCACUGAAGACUUCAGUAUUCGCUUGGGGUGGAGAUGUUUUCUUACUCAAGUCUGACAAGAUAGCUGUGUUGAGCUGCAGGCUGUUGGCAACUUUUGUCCUGUUGCAGCAAGGCAGUUCAUUAGAUUAUUUUUGAGAUGUCUCAAGACUUGUAAUUGAAAUGUGCUUGUCCCAAUAUAAUUGUAGCCUUUACAGUUCAGUAGUAAAUGAGUUGUGUAACCUCAACUGUAACUGUUCAAAUCAACCUUUUUUCUCUGACAAAUGUGGUGCUACCUCAAGUAUCCAGCUACAUUUACAUUUGAGGUUUCCUGUAUAAUGUCAAGAUUACUGUUCUGGCUUGUCCUUAAUGCAAGUAAUUUGAUUUCAAACUGCAUAUUAAGUUUAGUCAAGAUUAGAGAUGAGAUUAAUUUUUGAAAACUGAGUAAAGCUGCCUUUUUAGUAGGUGUGCAGCGGCAUUUUGUAGACUGUUUUGGCACAUGUAUAACUGAAUUCUACACUGAUUUUUUUUUGGAAACCUGUUUGAACUGUCUUUAGAUACAACAGUGGCAUUCCAUGUAUAUAAAAGUGAAACAAUUUGUCUGGUCUGCUCUUUGCCAAGCUAUUUGACUUGGGUGGGUGAGAGGAGAUUUUAGUCAGUUCAGAAUAAAGAUUUACCUAUUUACUUUUUGAAA